CAUUGAACGCCGUCACGUCCUCCCCACGUGAAGCGCUGCGUACAUGUGAGCAGUGUGUUCAUCCAUCCACAGCAGCUUCAUCCACGCUCAGAGGCCGUCACUUCACAUAUUGUCCUCUUAUGAUUGUCGAUAAUAAGAGGAUGGAGUCCGCAGAGGAGGAGGCGCUGCUCGGAGAGGAGUCAGAGGAGUCAGAGGAGUCGGAGGAGUCAGAGGAGUCGGAGGAGGAGAACAGUGAACUCUCAGACAAUGAGCUUCAAGAAGCCUUUGCGAAGGGGUUGUUGAAACCCGGCAUGAACGUCCUGCUGGAUAAACCCAAAAAGUUUGUCAACAACACGGAGGGGUUGAAGCAGUGCCUUGCAGACCUCCGUAAAGAACUUCCCUGGGCCGAGAGGUUGGAUUUGACCAACCUGCCGGCUGAAGAUGUCAUUUCCAAAGCCGAAGGGAAAGUUCCAAGUGUGACCAAGGGAGACGUAAAUGCGGACGAUGACUUCCAGAGGGAGAUGUUCUUCUAUCGUCAAGCUCAAGCUGCAGUCCUCGAGGCACUGCCCCUCUUAAACAAGCACGGAGUAGCAACAAAGAGGCCUGACGAUUACUUUGCAGAGAUGGCCAAGUCAGAUCAGCACAUGCAGAAGAUCAGGAAAAAGCUGAUCUCAAAGCAGCUGAUCCUGGAGAAGUCAGAAAAGGCCAAGAAACUCCGCGAGCAGAGGAAGUUUGGCAAAAAGGUGCAAGUAGAAGUGAUCCAGAAGAGGCAGAAAGAGAAGAAAGCAAUGAUGUCCGCUGUAAAGAAAUACCAGAAAGGAAUGACCGACAAACUGGAUUUCUUGGAAGGAGACAAGAAGACGGGGGGUAAAGAUGCUUCUCAGGGCCCCAAGAAAGCAUUGAACAAAAAGGGCAACAACGCCAAGAGGAAAUUCAAGGACCAGAAGUUUGGCUUUGGAGGCAAGAAGAGUGGGAAGAAGUGGAACACCAAGGAGAGCUACAAUGAUGUUUCCAGUUUCCGUGCCAAAACGGCUCAUGCCAAGGGCGGAAAGGGAGGGAACAAAGGCAAAGGAGGAAAACAAAAUAAACGCCCGGGCAAGUCUGUUCGCAAGAAGAUGAAGUCUCGCUCGUAAACAUCGGCAGAGGCUGGUCAGUAGGCUGAAGUUGGAUCUUGCUCCUAGGCAGGCUUUCCCACUCCUGCUCCCCAGUCUCUCCUCCAUAUACAUCAAGAGACAUUUAGGAGAACUGUUCUUCUACACUUUUCGUACGUUACGCCUUCUGUAAAAUGUGUCUGGAUUGAUGUGGAGGACCCUUCAAGCCGCAGAGGGACAGAGAAACGUCCUACCACAAUGCUGAGGAAUCUCUUGAAGGACAUGUCUGGUGAUGAAAAGGUCUCCCUAUGCAGAAAUUGUAAACCCAAGAGUGGACUACAGAGCUACCCGAAUGUUAUAAAAGUGUCUUUUCUUCUUGAUUAGUUGUUACAGACCUGUUUUCAUGGUCUGUGGACAUCAUUUUCUCUCUAUCUGCCUGUUUGUGGUGUUUUUAAAGCCACUUUCUGUAAUCACACCUCUACACCAACCUCCUGGUUGUCUAAUGUACAAUGCGAGUUCUGUUUGGUGUAUUCAGGUUUUAAUUUUUUCUAACUCUGCUCCUUGAGACAUUGAUUCUCUCCCAUGUGACAUGACAUUUUAUAAUAUUGAACAGCUGUUAGUUUUGCCCUUUCCUAUUCAUUAAUGAGUAUGUGACGGGCAAGUGUGCUUUGUUAUAGACCUGUGCAAAGCUUUCCCCUGCAAGUGUUUGUCUUAGUUUGUUUUCUCAGAUGAAAAUGCAAAAGGGCAGCUUCUGGCAAUGACACCUGUAUGUUUGUAUAAUAAAUAAAGAUCUGAACUCAGGUGCACAUAUUCCUGAGGAUUUGCA